AUGCAGCGCAAAGAUUUGCCCCUGACACCAGCCCAUUCUGAGCGGGCCGUGGAAGUCCUGAUCCCAGACAAUGCCUCUGGUGCGUGGACGUGGUUGUCGGCGGAACUAGUCAUUCGGGCCCGCGAUAAGGUUCACGCCGAUUAUCGCGUGGUCAUCAUCCACCGCGGGACACCGCAGGAGUAUGCGGAUGCGGUUCUGGUGAAGCGUAUUCGAUGGAAGGCGCCCACCGAUGAGCGGAAAAAAAUCGGGAACAAAUAUCGCAAAUCGGUGGUGGAUGUGCCAAAGAAAUGCGUGGAGAAAGGGACGUUUGUUAAGCGCGCUAUGCGACUGCCUGAAGGAUUUCCCGCGACAGUGAUUGCAGCAACGCUGAAGCACCGUAAUAGAGUGAUGAAUUACCGUCUCCAGAAUGCUGCCCAUGCUGUUUGCGUGGGCCAUGUGGACGGCUGUUUGGUGUACAUUCAAGUGAUUCAACGUCAAUCCGCAUCUGGCACGAAAGAACUGACAAAGCUCCAGAGUUUUCACAGCGCGCUGCUUAAAUUCAUGUCACGGAUGCGGUUAAUUAUAUGCGGUCUGUAUACGGAGCUGUUCGUCCCGAUGUCUGCACUGCAUGAAGCCGCUGUGUUGCCGGCGGAAUUGUGGAGGGAAGUUUUCCUGUGUCUGGACACUGUGACUCAGAGUAGGCUUCGCCCUGUAUGCGCAUUGUGGCACGCCGUUCUGGAUUCGACUUACUUCAAGGCUAAUGUCGUUCUCGACAGCGCUGCCUUCAGCAAGACAGAUCUGAGCGGGUGUCUUUCGCCAGUGUGUUUAAUGACCGCAGCUAUCUUCAAGCGUCUCAGUCCGUCCACGAAACACAUUGUUGUGGCUGACCGACGACAGCGUAUGGGGGAAAUGGACCUUGAGGAAGUGUUCGACAUCCUCCACUUCAGUGCACAACGCAAUGCCUCCAUCAAGUUAAAGGGCAUCCAUCUGUUCGGACUGGAAUACUGUCUGCUGAACCGUUCGUCGUACGACUAUCCGGAAUCCGAAAACGACUAUCCGGAUUCCGAAAGCGACUAUUCGGAAUUCGAAUGCGGCCUUCAUCCUUAUCUUCAGCAGCGUGCCAACACCAUUGUAGCAAAUAGCAACACCCGUGCGUAUCAAAAGAGUUUCUGUGAUAGCAUUCGGUUGAUUAAGUGCACCAUCACUCUGGAUCGCUGUGCUUAAAGCAUUUGUUACCCUUGUAAAGUUAGAUGUGUGCCUUCCGCUUAUAUUCGUCUGCGCCGACUGAGCUUUGCUGGCGAUCUCAACUGUGCGCUGUGGAGCGCCCUGGAGGCGGGGCUGCCCAUGCCAGGUGCUAUAAAAUUAGCUGACCUGUCCAGAUUUUUACCAGGACAAAACCGCUUGCCAAGGCGCACAGGAAAGUAUACCGCAGUCUGCAAGGCAUUGUGCGCAGCGCAAACGGCUGACCCGCGUCCAUCGCUGCAUUACCGCGGGAAGAAGUGGUGUGUGGACGGUCUCCAGGAUCUGGAGAUGGAGAAGCUGUCUCGUACUGCACUGCGUUCCCUCAGUCAGGUGAUCGGUUGCUUUCCUUGCUCGAACUGCGGCAU